AUAUAUCUAAAUCUAAUGCUAAUAGUUGUUAGAUAUUCAGAGGCUGUUUGCCAAACGGAAUUGUUGUUUAUUUUUGGAAUUAGAUACAUAUGCAUUUUUGCUCAAUUCAGACUAAAUUACACACAGUGUUUAAUCAUUUGCCCCCCAGAGUUCUAUUUCCCCAAUGAGGCCACCCAAGUGCCCAACUAUGGGCGAUGCAUUACGCCCAAUCGAGAACGUGCCCUGUGCAUACAUCUGGAGGAUUGCAAAUAUCUCUAUGGCGUGCUGACGACGAGCCCGCUGCGUGACACCGACAGACUCUACCUCAGUCGCAGCCAGUGUGGCUAUACGAACGGUAAGGUAUUGAUCUGCUGCCUGGAUAGGUACCGGGACACCAGCCCGACCACGAUGCAGCAAUCGGUCCAACCAAACAUCACCAAUAGCAAUCUGCUGCCGCUGCCCGGCCAAUGCGGCAAUCUGUUGUCCAAUCGUAUUUACGGUGGCGUCCGAACCAAAAUCGACGAGUUCCCCUGGAUGGCAUUGAUAGAAUACACCAAGACCGCUGGCAAAAAGGGCCAUCAUUGCGGUGGCUCCUUGAUUAGCACUCGGUAUGUGGUGACGGCCUCGCACUGUGUCAAUGGUAAGGCCCUGCCCGCCGACUGGCGACUGACUGGUGUGCGCCUGGGCGAGUGGGACACCGCCACCGAUCCCGACUGCGAGUUGGACGUACGGGGCAUGAAGGACUGUGCACCUGCGCACUUGGAUGUGCCUGUCGAGCGGACUAUACCACAUCCCUCCUACAUUCCCAGCUCUAAAAACCAGGUUAACGACAUUGCUUUGCUGCGUUUGGGCAACCAAGUGGAGUACACCGACUUUGUGCGGCCCAUUUGCCUGCCCCUGGACGCGAAUCUGCGCUCAGCCACGUUUGAUGGCAUUACCAUGGAUGUGGCUGGCUGGGGAAAGACGGAAGAGAUGUCCUCCAGCAAUCUGAAGCUCAAGGCUGCCGUGGAAGGUACCAGAAUGGACGACUGCCAGGCCGUGUACAACCGUCAGGACAUAAUGCUGGAGGACACACAGAUGUGUGCAGGCGGCAAAGAGGGCAUCGACUCGUGUCGCGGUGACUCCGGGGGUCCGCUGAUAGGCCUGGACACAAACAAAGUAAAUACUUACUAUUUCUUGGCGGGCGUGGUUUCGUUCGGGCCCACGCCCUGCGGACUGGCGGGCUGGCCAGGAGUGUACACGCUCGUGGGCAAAUACGUUGACUGGAUCCAAAAUACAAUUGAGCCAUAAAUGGUGUAGCAACUGCAGGGCUGCCAUAUCUAUCAAAUAGCUUACGUAAGGCGUUGCCAGAAAACGCGCUACUGUUAAGUUGUCAACACGAGAAAUAUGCUGAGAAAUAUCUGCGUAACACAGCUAAAUCUGCUGAAAAGUGCAAC